GGAGGCUACCCCGAUGAGUCGAUAAAGUGUCACGUGAUUCUUAGCAUAUAAACAUAAACAUUAAAUAUGGCUGCUCGGCCUGCACCUCAACAAAAUCAACCCCUGCCUCCGGGGUAUGAAGCUAGAUGGGACCCUGGUCAAAAUGCUUAUUUCUUUAUCAACCAUUAUACUAAAACUACAACCUGGACUGAUCCCAGAUUAACACAACAUGCUGGUGCCAAACAGGCACUCAAUCAACCCGAACCUUCAAAGCCCCAGGAACGUGAGGCAAUCCCACUAUCAGAUAUAAGACAUACAGGCAGAGGUGGUACUUCACACCAUUAUAGGAAAAAGGAAACUCAGUUUAUUGAGGCUGAUUCUGUCCAUGUGAAUAAAUUAAGAAAUAUGUUCCCUGAUUGUAGUGCCGAUCUGAUAAAGUCAACACUGGUCAAAUACCACAACAAUUUCGAAGUAACAAAGUCAACUUUAAUAAAUAAUGGUUACAGAUGUCUUGGAAGUAGUGCUGUUAAUAUACAUGUAAAUGAUGAUAUUACAUUAAGAUUACAGAGAAAGUUUCCUGAAGCAUCACAUUUAAUACCUGAUGUUUUAACAGCUUGUGGAAACAGCGAAAACGAUGCAGCUCGUCAAUUGAAAGAUCUUGGGUUUGGAUCAGAUAGACACCGAAGUCCUUCCCCAAAGCCACAAAGUCACACACCAUUAAGCCCUUCUGCUACAGCAUCUAGUCCUAGCAGACAUGCCUCUCCUCGUAGAGCAGCCAGCCCAGCUCGCCAGCCUUCACCAGUUCGUCAGCCUGACCCGGAACCAGUUAGAGUAUCAGAGGCUGAGAAGGAAAGAUUGAAAAGAAAACUUAAUGCCGAAUUUAGUCAUAUUGGUGAUUAUCUGGUGAGUAUGGCUUUAGAGGCAUGUGAAUAUAAUGAAGAUAGUACCAGGGCUGUUCUUGAUACAGGAAUAGAAGAUAUCGGAAGUGAAUCUUCUAGACCAUCUACAACAGAAAGUACCACAAGACCAUCUACAAGUCAUAGUACUGUAAGUUCUGCCAGUACCAGUAGAACUAUUACAAGUCCUGUACCACUGGCUACAAAUGAUUUAGAACCUGUAGCUUUUACCAUGGAUGAUGAUAAUAUGCCAAUGAAACCUGGAUCCGCUACAUCAAGGGAGACUACUCAAUCUGAAAGAUCUCCAGUCAAAAAACAACAGCAGAAGGCUAAACAUGUUACUAAAAUGAGCGAACAACUUGUAACGACAACCAAUGAAAUGUUGAAUCAUCUUUCAUCCACUUGUUGUCAAAGUAACUUAGAAGAUUCAGAAAGAAAUAGAACACCUAAACCAGUAGCUGGCUUUGCUAAAGGUCCUGUUGUUAGCCAACCUAGAUCUCGGACACACGUCACACCUAAACCAACUAGAUCAAUUGUCACCCAGCGUCAAACAGGACAGGUUUACGAAUCGAUAUAUAGAACACAACCUAUGGGCCCUGAUCCAACGCUUCGUUCUGGUCCUGAUCCCAGUCUCAGAGGAGUCCGGGAACAACUUGCAAAUGGGCCUGAUCCAAAUAUGAGACAAGGACCCGACACUGAAAGGCGGAUGGGACCUCAAGGAUGGAAUGGUCCUGAUCCAAGUCUUAGAUGCGGACCCAUGAAAGUAGUUACAAACAACAGAGUGUUAGUUUCCAGCAUCUAACUUCAGGAUUUAAUUUAAUGAAUGUAAAGAUUGUUACUUAUAAAAUUUUAUACAGACUUACAGGGGUGUCCUUUUUCCUAUAGUAUAUUGAACUUUGAAUAACCUAUUACAAUUUUAGCUAUCAAAAUGCAUUACCAUCCAAGAUUAAUCUUUGUGCAUAAUAAUUAUUUCAUUAUAAUAACGAAUAUGGGCAUAUUCAUUUUAUGAAAGAUCCCAAGUUUUUAUUUAGUGAGCAUGAUAACUCAAUCAAAUUAAUGAUGUUCUUUGAAUGCCAUUUAGUAAUUAUCUCUUUGUAUAUAUAUACAUGUAUAUUGAUUAUCUUUUUUAAUUUGCUCAUUUCAUUUAUUUAUGCUUGAAAUCUUCUUGAAACAUUGCAUUGUAAUAAACUAUGGUAAUUGUUAUCUAUAAAUAGUAUUUAUUUGCUAACUUAAUGGUGGUUCCAUUCUAUAUCCUUAAUUAUUUACUCACCUUCAUUUUCUUUGAACAAAAUGCUCACCAUAAUUAGACUUUUGUAAAAGUGAUUAAUUUGUGUGAAAGACUUUUGGAAUGUGUAUUCUUGUUGCAUGAAAGUGGCUAAAGUUACAUGAAAAUCUUUAUAAUAAUAUUGAUGACCAAUUUCCAAACUUACUGAUGCAAGAGUGUCUGGAUAACCAUAUUCAUAAGCUUGUUCUUGUCACUUUUAUCAGGUCACUAUGUCAGCAAUAGGACACAAUUUAAUUAUUUUAGAUAUAUAAUACAUUUUAGCAACUAUACUAACUGAAACUUAGACUCUUAUUUACAUUUUGGUUUUAUAUUUGUAUGGCUAUACUCACCCUGUAAAAUCUAGACCUUCAACUUUGUUAAUUUUAAUUUGAGUAAAUAAGGUAAGCCUUUCAUGAGGUUGAAAUGUGUUUUAUUAUAUUUUUUGCAAUGUUCUCUCUAUAAUUUGAUUAAUCAUUUACUUGAGUAGUCUCGCUAGACAACCUAGAUUGUUCAAAUAUUGUAAUUUUUAAAAAUUUAUAAAUGUGAAAAUCAUAUGUAGUUUUUCUAUUUUAAAUGCAUUAUCUGACUGUCAUAAUAAUCAAAAUGUGAAGCAGUGCUGUGGGUGUUGAUGAGCAGGAACAUCACCAAUUGAAGAACCUUAUGGUAUUAUUAUGUGAUAUAUGUGUAAGCUUAUGGCUUUUGUUUUCUUAAAAGCUGUUAAACGUCAUUUGAGGGGCUUUUAAUAUCUUGCAAGCUACAGUAUUGGGAAAGUAGUUAUCAGUAAAAAUUUGGUUGAAUUCUGUUCAGUAUUUACAAAGAUAUAAUAUCAAUUGAAAAUCUCACAACCUUUCGCAUCCUCUGCAAAGCAUGUACAGUAAACAGGAUCUCCAUCCAUAACAACGCAAUAAUGAUCAGUUAUCAAUAUCAUCAUUAAAUACUGCAUCAAAAACAAAAUAAAUUGCACCAUUGAAUUUCUUGUAAAGAACUGGUCAUCAUGAAGCUGUUCAACUACUUGGCUUCCUAUUGCAAACAAACUUUCUCUUUUAGAUAGAUACAUGUAUAUUAUUGGAUUGUUUUUAUGGUCAUUUUGGUUUGAGGCCAUUCACCAUCUAAUUUACCCCAAAUCUUUUGAUGGGUCUGGUUUUAAUCUGAAUGUAUACAAUUAAUUAAAUAAUUUUGAGUACCAUAAUAAAUUUGCACAUGGAUUGCCCAAAAAAUGUAAAUGACGAUUAACGGCUGUAAGUAUUGUCAAGUAUUUGUUUAGAAUUUUUUUUUUUUUUUUUAUUACCAAUAAAUAUGCUCAUUUAGGGUA